AUGCGUAAAAUGUCUCAAAUCGUCGACGCGCGAGACUCGUUCGACGCGUUAGAGUCGCCCCAUCUGCCUUACCCACUGGCCGUCAAUACUUCAGCUCCGGCCUCGCCGGCUAUUUCUCUAUUCUCUACGACAGGUCACAAUCGCAUCUCGAGCUCGGUCUCUUCCCUCGUGCCCUCUUUAGGAAACUCCAUGGAUAGCCCCAGAAAUCACCUUACAGGUGUCAAGGAAGAGGAGCUUGCUCCUCGUGACUCACUGGAAGAUCAAUAUUUCCAACACUUUGAAAUCGGCGGAUCAACCACUGAGGAACCAUACUUUCCCAUGGACCUUCACGAUAGCUACGAUCUAAGCGACGCCACCGUGGACAUCCUCCACUCGCCCAAGAAACGUCGCUCGGACAGCCUAUCAACGAAGGGAGUGUCUCGCAUCGGAUCACACAUCUCAACAAUGUCAACAAGAUGGAAAUCAAAACGUACAUCCGGUUCUCCCGAGCGAGAUUUCUUCCCGGACGAUCUGUGCUCGCGUGUCAACUCCACAGCUUCCUCCGCGCUAGCCAGUCCCAUCGUGAGCCCGAUCAGUCGCAUCGACUCGAUCCCUCCAUCUCCCGCACGAACUAUCUUCGAAGAGCGCAUGAGCGACUCUGGUGCCCGUCCAAUCGACAUCACCCGCGCCAACAGCUUAAGUCAAGAUGACAACGACACGCAACAAGCCACAACCCCACUCUUACCUCCAUUCAUGGGUGAUGAUUCCACAAGCGCGAUCGCAUGUCGCGUGCAAUCACCACUUCAAUCUCCCUCCGUCGCGGAUGUGAGUGUAACCGACUCUCCAAAGUACGUGGUGGCAUCCGAGUCUCGUUUCGCAGGCAUCCCUUCGCCUCCCUUAUCAUCGCGACCAUCCAUCGCUUCAAUGAGCCGGCCCCGAGCAAGCACCACCUCUCGCACGGUAUCUGGUGAAGUCGCCCCAUUCAUGUUGUCAGAUCCAAACGAUGAAUGGGCCAACAAACUAGGCCAUGCCAACUUCACCAUUCAGCCGGAACCUUACGAGCCGACAAGAUGCGAUAUGGACGCCUUCAACCAGCUACGCGAUGACUGGGAUAUCGCCCGGUGCAAUUUUGCGAAGCAUCUUGUGCGCACAGGCGAACAUUACGGUACAACCUCCAAUAUUUUCAAGCUUACGGGUGAGAAAUGGGAGUUUAUCAAUCGCCAAUGGCGAGUUCAGUAUGAUGCCUUGAUGACUCAACUUGGUGCCAUUGACGGUGUGGCUCUUACGCUUACGCAAUCGAAUCUUCAUCGCUGUGAACAAGAAGUUCGGAUUCCGCGCUUACACGACAAUGACAAGUUCCCCGAGAUGGGUGAUGAAGACAUUGUUGGACCCAUGACUGUUGCACCUGCUACAACACUCGCCGGACCCUGUCGAACCAAGUCUCUGAAGAAGCGCAACUUUUUCAAGUUCUUCCAAGAUCUCGUCUCGCGUCCAUAA